AUGCCGGAGGAGAUGCGGCGGCCGGAGGGGGACAGGGAGAAGCUGAGGGAGAUGCCGAGCUUCCGGACCAUUUCCGAGAGUCAGGAGCGGACGGCUAUGGGGCUGACGCGCGGAGCCUUCUUCGCUCCUUCCUUCCGUGGUAUUGUGGCGACGGAGGCUCUGGAUCGGGUGAUCGAAGAGGGACGGCGGCGCGAUGGAAGUGACGAUGACGGCGAUGAGGAUUUCGAGUUCGCUUUUGUCUCCAGGGUCUCCUUCGAUGGAUUCGACCCGGUCGCUGCGGAGGAGAUCUUCUCCGAAGGCCAGAUCCUGCCUGUAUAUCCGCCUGUAAUCGACGAUCACAGCCUUGAAGAAUCUGAGAUCCGACGUCAGGACAGGCACGGUGGCGUCCAUAUGGAUGGAGAAGACGGCGAUGAGGAUGUGGCGGCGGAGAAGUCCGUCCGCCAUCCCUUGCGGAAGCUCUUUGCCGACGAUGGCGACCUAACAGCGACCUCCUCCUCAUCAGAGUCGUCUGAGUCGGGAGAGUUAAACGGAGUCCCCGGAGAGAUCUACUGCGUCUGGGAGCCGAGAUCCGACCUGCCGUCACCGGACCUGCCCAAGAAGAGCCGUUCCACGGGGACAUCGUCGAAGAGGUGGCGCCUACUCGAUCUCGUCGCCAGCCGGAGCCACAGCGAUGGGAAAGAUAAGUUCAUCUUCAUCUCAGCGUCGCAAUCCACAGCUGCCGGCGAGAAGUCCAGAAAAUCCUCCGGAGAUAAGAACCCCCCCAACACGAAGAAGCGCGAAUCCCUCGCGGAAUCGAAGAAGAACUCGAAUGCAAGAGCCAGAACAAGGGUCGCGGGGAUGGACAUGGCCACCGCUCACCGGCUCUUCUACAUGAACGGAGUGGCAGUGUCCGGCGACCCGCGGCGGUCGUUCCUUCCCUACCGGAAGGAUCUGCUCGGAAUCUUCAGCAAUCUGAAAGGACCCCCCGUUCGAAGCGCCCCCCUACUGUAG